AUCGAAGAAUGACUUCAUCUUGAGAUGCUUCGUGAGUAACGACAGCAUGUAUUCACAACGUGUGAUUCAUUAGCUUACAACUAGUGUCGGUUUGAGGUUUCCUACAAAAGAGUGAUUUGGUUGUGGUUUCAUCCGUUCUUCCGGAAUAUCCAGGCCCUGGUGAAGUGUCACAUAAAAUGGGUUCAAAUGAGUCCGCCUCUUCGGUGAUGCUGUUAGUAAUAGUAAUGAUUUGCUCUUCCAUUGCUGUCAAAGUGACAUCAGCGAAAAAUGUCACCGACCAGAGUUCAAACACCCUCAACAAGACGGAUCAGCUACCAGUCACUAUCUACUACGAGGCGCUUUGCAGUGACAGCAUGGUUUUCAUCACCCAUCAACUAUACCCGUCCUGGUUGCGACAUGAAAAAGAAAUGAAGCUGCGGCUGGUACCAUUCGGCAAGGCUUGGGUUGAAGAGCCGCCUAACGAGCAGCCCAAAUUGCAUUGCCAGCACGGACCACGGGAAUGUCAGUUGAACAUUUUGCACGGAUGCAUUCUUAAAAAGCUACCUCCCAAAAAGGCAUUUGCGGUGGUGGCGUGCCUCAUGAAGAACUUCCGUACCACCUUCGACCAGUGUAUCGAAGGACACGAAUCGUUCAAAAACGCCAUCGUUAAUUGCAGCCAGGGGGAACAGGGCAUCAGUUUGUUUAAAAAGUUUGGCAACGAAACGGACAACGUGCACCGGCCGCUGCCUUUCGUACCGACCAUCGUUGCCGAUCAGCCGUAUGACUUUUAUGAACAGGACGAUUGGCUUCAACAUUUUGAAAGAAAGUUCGUUGAGCGGUACGAGGAAAAGUUCGGUGUCAAAUUAUAAUAUGUGACAGGAAAUAGUUAUUCUUGCAAGACCUUUCUCAUGGAAUGAACGAAUUUAAUUGCUAGGCGUGCCAUUCGGCUUUUUAUAAACAUCUUUUUAUCCAUAUGUGUAAUAAAUAUAAGUUUUGCUGAAUUAAA